CCGUGGCAGAAUUUGAAUGUCCCCUGCAGCAGAUGAGAUUACCACGAAAUUUCUGGUCAAAUUGGAAGUCGUCGUCAUGGAAUGAUUUUCAGGUUUUUGCAGUCGGAGUUGAUUCGAUACAGAAUCUGCAAACUCCUUCCAUCGUCAUCCAAGGUCAGCCAAUUGGGGAUUUAAUUUAAUUGGUCGAGAUUCGAGAGAGUAUGAUCCCAUUGAAGCUGAUUUCGUUCAUCUUCCUCUUCCUGAUUCCAUCCGCCCGCUCCUCGCAAGUCUCCAUCUCCGUCAGCCGGAGAUCCAUCCCCAAAUCGGGGGAUCCGAUCACCGUCAAAUGGUCCGGCGUCGACGCCCCAUCGGAGCUCGAUUGGCUCGGGAUCUACUCCCCGGCCAACUCCUCCCACCACCACUUCAUCGGCUACCUAUUCCUCUCAUCGUCGCCCGAUUGGAAAUCCGGAUCCGGAUCCAUCACCAUCCCGCUGAUCAAUCUCAGAUCCGAUUACCAGUUCCGGAUCUUCCACUGGAUCCAGUCGGAAGUCAACCCCAAAAAGCAGGACGACGACCACAACCCCUUGCCGGGGACCAAACACCUGCUCGCCGAAUCGGAAACGGUCGCAUUUGAACCGGGUCGGGGCCCGGAGCAGGUCCACUUGGCAUUGACGGGUCGACCCGCGGAGAUGCGGGUCAUGUUCGUCACGCAGGAUGGGAACCAGAGCUUCGUCAAGUAUGGAUUGUCCCGGGAUACAAUGGAUAAGGUCGUCGGCACUCAGGCGUCGAGGUAUGACCGGAAAGACAUGUGCGAUGCCCCAGCAAAUGACACCAUUGGAUGGAGGGAUCCAGGGUUUAUCCACGAUGGAGUCAUGGUUGAUUUACAGCAAGGGAAGAGAUAUUAUUAUAAGGUUGGUAGUGAUUCCGGGGGAUGGAGCACGGCGUACACAUUUGUAUCGCCGAUGAAUGAACCCAGCGAAACAGUAGCUUUCUUAUUCGGAGACAUGGGGGCUGCGGCACCCUACAGAACUUUUCUGCGAACUCAAGAAGAAAGCAUUUCGACGAUCAAAUGGAUCAGCAGAGACAUAGAAGCCAUCGGCAACAAACCUGCUUUGAUCUCGCAUAUUGGAGACAUAAGCUACGCCCGAGGCUAUUCCUGGUUGUGGGAUACCUUCUUUAAUCAGAUCGAACCCGUCGCCUCCAAAGUCCCGUACCAUGUCUGCAUCGGCAAUCACGAGUACGACUGGCCUGCUCAGCCAUGGAAACCCAGCUGGUCGUAUUCGGUAUACGGGACAGACGGCGGCGGGGAGUGUGGGGUGCCCUACAGUCUUAGGUUCCACAUGCCCGGAAACUCGUCGGAGCCGACCAACACGAGAGCUCCUGCUACGAGGAACGUUUACUACUCGUUCGACAUGGGGGUCGUACAUUUCGUCUAUUUUUCGACGGAGACGAACUUUUUAUCCGGCAGCAAACAGUACGACUUUCUGAAAUCGGAUUUGGAAUCCGUCGACAGGAGCAAGACCCCGUUUGUCGUCGUACAAGGACACCGGCCAAUGUACACGACAAGCCACGAAACGAGAGAUACCCCUUUUCGGGAAAGAUUACAGGACGAGCUCGAACCUCUAUUCGUUAAAAACAACGUGACGGUCGCGUUGUGGGGUCACGUCCACCGUUACGAACGCUUCUGCCCUUUGAACAACUUCACUUGCGGAAGCUCGGGAACGCACAAUCCCGACUGGAAACCGUAUCCCGUACAUCUCGUGAUCGGAAUGGCCGGGCAUGAUUGUCAGGCGAUUUGGGAACCUAGGCCCGAUCAUCUCGACGACCCGAUCUUCCCGCAGCCCGCUCGAUCGAUGUACCGUGGCGGUGAGUUUGGGUACGUUCGACUCCAAGCCGACAAGGAGAAGCUCACGUUAUCGUACGUCGGAAAUCACGACGGAGAGGUGCACGAUUCUGUCGAGAUCAUGGCUUCCGGGGAAGUUUUCAAUGGUCGUAUCGGCGCUGCUGCGGACGGCGAAGAUCGUGUUCCCGUGACGAGGAAUUUGAAAUCGAGAUUUUCGUGGUAUGUUAAGGUUGCGAGUAUUCUUGUUCUCGGCGCUUUCGUCGGGUAUGUCUUGGGGUUUAUAUCGCGGCAUCGGAAGGAUUGCGGUCGAUGGACUGCUGUGAAGACAGAAGAAACGUGAGUUAUUGUUGAUCGAUCGUCGAUCGACUAUAAGAAUCCUUUCCAGGUUUGUAAAUUUUAUCGAAAGUUUUCUUACUUGUAUUGUUUCUACUGUUGUUGUAAAUGCCACGCCACAUUGUUUGCCUUCCCCUCCGUCGCUACCGUUCGUUGUUUUGUUAAGGAGUAACAGAGGGGUGUUGCUGUUGUAUGUAUGUAUAAUGAUCGGAAUAAAAAUAUUUCUGAAUUGCACGGU